GGCAGAAACUCUUGACGGAUAUAAGGCAAGACCCAAGCAGGUUGAACAGAUACCAGAAGGUCGCUUUUCCUGCCUCCACCUGACUGUCCUCAGCCACUUCAGCCCCAUGAGAUCCAAAGCCUUUGUCCUGCUCUUGGCCCUGGCACUAGCGACCAUCUUCAAUGUAGAAUGUGCCCAAGGGGGGCAACAGGUUGAUUGCAGCCAUUAUAAAAAGUUACCAAAAGGAGAAGAGAGAGCUUGUUAUCAAGUAUAUGCCCCAAUUUGCGGCUCGGAUGGCCACACUUAUGGGAAUGAUUGCGUCUUCUGUGAUGAAGUUGUGAAAACUAAUGGGAAACUUAAAUUUGCACAUUUUGGAAGGUGUUGAAUCUAUUUGGAAAUUCUGAAAUAUCUUUAAUGAACCUAUCAGGACAGACACAUGCCACAUUUCUCCUUCCGUAUCUAUGCCACAUUGAGUAAUCUUGUCCUAUCAUGUCUUGAUUUGAUUGUCAAAUAAAUUAGACCU